GCGGACUCGAUUUGCAGGAGGUAGGGAGGAGAAGGCUGCCUAGGCCGCCGUCCUUUGGGGAAAGAGGGAGGCUAGUGGGGGAGGCUGGGAGCCCCCUACCCUGGGAACGACUCAGUGGCAUCCGGUGGAUAAAGAACCAAAGCGACCAGAAAAGUAAUGGCAUUUGCACCUCCCAAAAACCUAGAGGGUCCCAAGAUGCAAACCAAGAUGAGCGCGUGGACCCCCCUGAACCAUCAGCUUAUGAAUGAUAAGGUGUUUGAAGAAAGAAGAGCCCUGUUGGGGAAAUGGUUUGAUAAAUGGACUGAUCUCCAGAGGCGAAGAGUGCUGAUGGAUCUGUUAGAGCGCUGCUCUCUGCCACAGCUGAAGUUCUGGGUCAAGCAACUGCAUGAUCGUGUUCCAGCUGAAGCACUGGAUUUCACGUCAAAGCUCCCCAAGGUGUUGUCCCUGUACAUCUUUUCUUUCUUGGACCCGCGGAGCCUCUGUCGAUGUGCCCAGGUGAGCUGGCACUGGAAAUACUUGACGGAGUUGGAUCAACUGUGGAUGCCAAAAUGUCUGCGUUUUGGGUGGUAUAUCAACUUCUCUCCAACCCCGUUUGAACAAGGAAUCUGGAAGAGACAUUACAUUGAAAUGGCAAAAGAGUUCCUCGUUACUAGGCCUAUGAUUGUCCCAAAAGACAACUUCGUGGUGGCUGAUGUUCAGCCAGUAGCCAAAGAGACCCCGGAGGCGAAACAGUCCUUGUCCUCAAUCCUGCAAUUAGGAAAAAAAUUGGAGAAGGAGAAAAGAGGGCUCCCCCCAUGGCGUUCUUCAGAUAAGCAUCCGAUGGACAUCAUCAGAUUCAAUUACUUGGACAACUAUGAUCCUAUUGAGCAAGCGAGACAAGCUAGAAAAAAAGAAGGAGGGCUAACCCAAGACCUCAGCCUGCAAACUUUUCAGAAAAAAAGGAAACCAAGCAGUGGAACAUACAGACUUCGGAAAGCAAAGUCAUUGCAGCCUAGUGCUGAGUUGCCAAGAAUGCAGACGGGUAGAACUCAGAUGUCCCUCUCGACAGACUUUGACUCGCACCCCAAGUUUCCAGUUCGCCCAAGCUGGGCUACUCAUCAGUCAAAUGGCUAUCCUGUUACUAAAACAACAGCUAAGCUCCUUGCCCAGAGUGCCCAGUGGAAUGCUGGGAUACGACCAGCACCUGUUCAGGGUCCAGUCCCAAAGCUGAGCAAGAAAGGGAAGAUGGCUUUUGCAAGAGCAAGAAGCUCACCAACAUCGCCAUUCUUUGAAAGCCAACCUUGGGAAGUUCCAUCAUCCAGCCGUGUUUCCGAUUCAGACUAGGAAGAUGCGGAAAGGGGAAACCGUCACAGCCGAAUUAGACUCUGAAGAGGAAAUGCUGCUUUUCUCAACGUUGCAGAGCCACAAGCCAGAGUUGCUGGGAUGAGAUGGGCAGCUGGACUGGUGUGUUUCCCCACUCCCAUGUGGCAGCCUCGCUGGGACAGGGAGCAAAUGCAUUGGCAGCUGGCUGCCCCCUAGCUCCACAGUGUGUGAACCCUCAAGUCCAGGAUGCUUCAGAGCUGCGCUAGUGGCUGCAG